AUGAAACAGUUUGCAUUAGCUUGUUGUUGUGUCUUGCUUGCUUUAGUGUUGGGCCAUUUUACCCAAUUCUCCAACUCACAAGACAUUGUUCUUCCCCUCUCUUACAAUGUGGCUUCCCAUCGAUUUAAUUCAUCCAUCAGUGUGAGAGGAACUGGUAAAACAACCACUGCAGUCACUCAAGCAGAUUUCUCAAUAUCCAUUGAAGCACAAAAAGUGUCUGCCUCAGAGGCUCAACGAGAAGUUGGGCAAUCAUCGACACAUAUCAUGGAAACUCUUCAACAGAUUGAAUAUGUAUUCAAGUUGAGAACAUCCUCCAUUACCUUGUAUCCUGUCUAUGUAUACAAUGAAACCACAAAGGAAUCCACAAGAAUUGGUUAUAGAUCCUCCAAUAGUAUCUUGUUCAGUGUUAGUAAUUUAAGAAGUGUAGGUCCUGUGCUCGAUAAGCUCGUCGAAUUGGGUGUCACUCAAAUUAGCAGCAUGAGCUUGGUAGCAAAUGACAGUUCUAUUGAAAACGCUCAAAAUAAGGCUCUUCAGUUAGCUGUUAAGGAUGCCAUGACCAAGGUGAAUGCAGUACUAUCCACUAUGUACGAUUCUUCAUCAUUUGAACAAAUCAAGAACCGUUUGGAAGUUACCGAUAUUAGCCUUGAAGGUAGUAGUCCAAUUUCAGUUUCCUAUCCAAUGAUGUAUGCACGUUAUCAAGACUCUGCUGCUGGAGGCGCUGCGUCCUCAAUUCCUGUCGUUGGUGGAGACAUGACCAUUCAAUCAUAUGUCUCUUUAAAGUUGCAGUAUUAG